AUGACAAGGAGGGUCAGAGUCUGCCUCUUGGGUGUUGUGGGGGACAACUUAUCGCUCAACCGCAUAGGAGGCUUCAGCAGCUCAUUCUGUAGCGGCCACUUUUGUAGGUUCUGUAUGACGGACUCCAGAAACAUCAAUCAGGUAACCAUUGAACACAGCUGCCACAUACGCAAAGCUGAGGAGCACGAAAGCCAUGUCAUCGCUGUUGAAGCUGACCGCACAAACUCAAGGCUUUAUGGAGUGAUGAACAGGUCACCAUUAUUACAACUGCCUGGCUUUGACGUCACACUACAACUGUUGCCGGAUGUCAUGCAUGAUGUCCUUGAAGGCGGCAUUGGGUUUCUCUUGAAGCAUGUGCUGAGGUCCCUCGCAGCUUCAGGCAUAAUAUCUGCAUCGAGUCUGAGCGUUAUAUCAACGUUCAGCUACGGUUUUCACGACGGAAAAUGCAAGCCUGUUCCACUCUCAGAGUCCUUCCUUACGUCAGGCAGCUGCAACAUAAAAGGAACGGCAAGUCAGAAGUGGUGCCUCUUUCGUUUGCUGCCCCAGAUGAUCAGCCAACUUGUUCCAGAGCAGAAUCCGACUUGGCACCUGUACCUGCUCUACAGACACAUUGUAGACAUUAUACUAGCAAACAAGGUCCCAGCAGAUAGCAUUGCAUACUUGCAAGUCCAAAUUGACAGCUUUCUUCAAAAAUUCAUUGAACUGUUUCCAGACCAGAAGUUGAUUCCAAAGAUGCAUUUUCUUGUGCACUACCCCCGUUUCAUCCGACUAUUUGGGCCACCACGAAUGUACUGGAGUAUGAGAUUCGAGUCAAAACACUCCUACUUCAAGAAUAUUGCAAUGAAAUCCAAAUCCUUCGUUAACAUCUGCAAGACAAUGUCCACUAGAGGCCAACUUCUCCAGUCCUACGAACUUUCAGCCCCAACACUUUCGAAGCCGCUUGCAACUGGUGCCCAGAAGAGCGUACAGUGGUCAGACCUGCCCCAUGCAGUGAAAGCGGUUUUUCCUCUUGCUGUUACAGAGGAGGAAAAUGUAAUCAGUGUCCAAACUGCGAGCAUCGAUGCCAGCGCGUACAGGGUGAGCGACGUAUGCUGUAUCGGCUGGGAAGAGGAAGCACCACUGUUUGGACAGGUAUUCCUAAUGGUUGUUCACAGAGGAACGCUCCUGGUCUGUGUCGAAUUGCUUCACACUGUCCAGUUCAACCAGCACAGACACAGCUACGAGGUGGAACAUUCGGGGCUGUAUAGUCUGCUGUCUCCUGGACUCCACCCUGAAUACACAGCCAUGGAUUUGUACAAGCACCAAUGCAAGUACGAAGUGGUUCCGCACUUUGAGCUAUAUGAGCAAGACACACUCACAUCCACUGCGUGA